AUGGGGAAGCAGAUGCGGAGAGAGCGACUAGGGUGGGAAGAACAUGAUUCAGUCGCGCGCAACGAGUCUCCACCUCGAACUGUUACGUACAAAGAUGAUCCUGGAGCUUUUCGGUGA